CCAUUUCCCUCCUGUUUUGGCAACGCGUCUACAUUUGCUUUCUUCCUCUCCUUCCAAACGCACUGUCGUUUUCUGCUUCAGCUCUCAUCGAUCUUCCCUGUCACCUCUUCACAACCAUUAAUCAGACUCCUUUGAUGAGUUUUUUACACAGAAGUAAUCUAGGUUACUUGUCAGUGUAGUUUCAGUUUGUAUACAAUUGUAGCAUAGGAAUCAGCAGAAGAUCAGGCAAAUCUUCAAAUUUUUUUGCGAGAAGAUUUGCUGCUUUAUCUAAAGAUAUUCUUUCCAAGACUUCUUUUUUUGUCAUUAUUUGAUAUAACAGAAAGUUUAUUAGUCGAUGGCUUCACCAGAUCUUCAUUCGUCCUGGCUAUCUGCAGCUGAUGAAUCUGUUAGUGGAUGUUUCAAUAUAAAUACAGAGGGAAUGAAUUCUGCUGAUGUUUUACAUGUGCUGGAAUCUCCCUCCUCUUCUACUUCUUAUAAUAGUAGUAUACCCAAACCACCUCCUUUUCCUGAUAGAACAUCUAAAGUGAAUUGCAAAAGAAUUUCAGAGUGUUCCUCUGUCCCAAAGGAGAUAUUAAAUACAUGGGACAGGCUAUUCAAGGAAGGAUAUGGUGCAGAUGUCUAUAUUAUUACAGAUGACAAAGCAUAUAUUCCUGCUCAUUUCAAUGUUUUAAGCAUUGCAUCACCAGUACUCCAGACUCUUCUGCAGCAAUCAAAAGUUAAGAAUGGAAUUAGAUAUAUCAAAAUUCUUGGUGUACCUUUUGAAGCUGUCUAUGCUUUCAUUCGGUUUUUGUACUCAUCCUGCUUUGAAGAGGAUGACAUGAAGAAGUUUGUUCUUCAUUUGUUGGUUUUAUCACACUCGUAUUCGGUCCCAUCACUGAAAAGGAUUUGCAUACACAUCCUGGAGCAGGGUUGGUUGACCAAAGAAAAUGUGGUGGAUGUGCUUCAGUUAGCAAGGAACUGUGAUGCACAACGGCUGUCCUUUAUUUGUGUUCGAAUGAUAGUGAAGGAUUUCAAAUCUAUAUCAUCAACUGAAGGUUGGAAGGUUAUGAAGCGAGCUAACCCUGCCCUUGAACAAGAGCUUGUGGAGGCCGUUGUUGAAGCAGAUUCUAGAAAACAGGAGAGGUUGAAGAAAAUGGAAGAGAAAAAGGUGUACUUGCAACUCUAUGAGGCAAUGGAGGCCCUUCUUCACAUAUGCAAGGAUGGAUGCAGGACGAUAGGUCCACGUGACAAAGUGCUGAAAGGAACCCAAAUCACAUGUAAUUUUCCUGCUUGCAAAGGGCUUGAGAACUUGGUUCGUCAUUUCUCCAAUUGUAAGACUCGAGUUCCAGGUGGAUGCGUUCACUGCAAGCGCAUGUGGCAGCUUCUUGAACUGCAUUCUCGUAUGUGCAAUGAGCCAGAUUCUUGCAAGGUUCCACUUUGCAGGCAUUUCAAGGAAAAACUGCAGCAGCAGACGAAGAAAGAUGAAGCCAGGUGGAAACUGCUGGUUGGCAAAGUAAUGGCAGCAAAGGGGCGAUUCUCAGCUCAGCAUUAAGGUUUAUUAUGAGCCCUUGAAUUGUGUCUUCAGCCACCGCUAUUUAAAAAACAAUCGCAACUGUAAAAUAGAAAAAAAAAAUGAUAAACAAAAUGUCCGGCAAAUGGUUCGUUUGCUUAGAACUUCAAACCAAAAUGUGGUCACAUUUUCUGUCUUUCCCUCUAUAUAUGCUGCUCCCGGUGAUAAUUAAAAUAAAUAAAUAAAUUAAUAGAGUUAAUAUUUUGCUAA